AUGACUACAAACUUCACAUUGCCAAGACCUCUGAGAAGAGCCGGGAGUUUGGCUUCCACGAGAACUGUCCGUAUAGUGAUUCUGGGACAAGCAGCCGUCGGUAAAACAGCACUGACUGUCCGAUUCAUCACGAAGAGAUUCAUUGGCGAGUACGACCCGACCCUCGAAACAAUUUACAGACAUGAACUGUCAGUAGGUGGAGAAGUGGUUCGUUUUGAAAUCCUCGAUACGGCAGGGCAGGAGGAGGAUGCUCUGCUGAUUGAGGAGAAGAUAAAGUGGGGUGACGGCUUCGUCAUCGUGUACUCCGUGACGGACAGGUGCAGCUUCGACGAGGUCAUGCGGCUGUGCUUCCUCGUCAAUCACGUUCACGCCGCCUCCAGGAGGAGCAGCAUGGAGCCUCCACCUGUAGUCAUUGUUGGCAACAAGAAGGACCUGGAGUUUGACCGUAUGGUGACCACAGAAGACGGGGAGAAUCUAUCCAAAGGUCUGAAAUUGCGCUUCCGUGAGAUCUCUGCUCGAGAAGGCUGUGAGGAGACGGCGGAGGUGUUCCACGCACUCUACAGAGACGUGCUGCAGCUGCUCAGCUGCUCUCCCACCUCCUUCAGAAGACGGGCCGUCUCCAAGCUGAUGGAGAAAAUCCCUCGGAUCCAUUCCACCUCCACGUCCAGCUCCACGCUGGGCCCCUCUGGCCGCAGCUUCAGCUUCAGCUCCUUCAGAGACUUGCCCCAGGAUUGA